CAAUGCGGUUCUAGUCAGAAUCCCAGAAGGGGGGUUUUGGUGUUUGUUUUGAUGGAAUAUAACAAUCAUCAGCAUGGAUGAAUCUCAGAAAUACAAUGUUGAGCAGAACAUGAAAGUUGCAAGAUUAUGACUUCAUUCUUAUAAAGUUAAAAGACAUUAAAGCUGUGUGACAGGGAAUGAAGGAUGGCAGCACGCCGUGCAUUAAAAGCUGUUUUGGUGGAUCUCAGUGGCACACUUCACAUUGAAGAUACAGCUGUGCCAGGCGCACAGGAAGCUCUUCAAAGGUUACGUGCUACUUCUGUAAUGGUUAGGUUUGUGACCAAUACAACCAAAGAGAGCAAGAAAGACCUCUUGGAAAGAUUGAAGAAAUUGCAGUUUGAUAUCUCUGAAGAUGAAAUAUUCACUUCUCUGACUGCAGCCAGAAACUUGGUAGAGCAGAAACAAGUCCGACCCAUGCUGCUGGUUGAUGAUCGGGCCCUACCUGAUUUUAAAGGAAUACAAACAAGUGAUCCUAAUGCUGUGGUCAUAGGAUUGGCACCAGACCAUUUUCAUUAUCAAAUUCUGAAUCAAGCAUUCCGGUUGCUCCUGGAUGGGGCACCUCUGAUAGCAAUCCACAAAGCCAGGUAUUACAAGAGGCAAGAUGGCUUAGCCCUGGGGCCCGGACCAUUUGUGACUGCUUUAGAGCAUGCCACAGAUACCAAAGCCACAGUCGUGGGGAAACCAGAGAAAACGUUCUUUUUGGAGGCAUUGCGGAGCACUGGCUGUGAACCUGAGGAGGCCAUCAUGAUUGGAGAUGAUUGCAGGGAUGAUGUUGGUGGGGCUCAGAAUAUCGGCAUGCUGGGCAUCUUAGUCAAAACCGGGAAAUAUCGAGCAGCAGACGAAGAAAAAAUUAAUCCACCUCCUUACUUAACUUGUGACAGCUUCCCUCAUGCUGUGGACCACAUUCUGCAGCAUCUACUGUGAACCAUUAUGUGAAUCAGAAGCAACUUGAAACGCAGCUUUUCAUUGUCUGGAAAGAAUCCCUCAACAACUUAAUGCCAGUGCCACUUAAUGACAGACAGAGACCACUCAGCCCUGGUCACCAUUUAACCCUCUUGUUGGGCAGUAAUUAGAAAGAAAGGUAUUGAAUUGCAGCCAGACACCAAGCCUGGCUAAUCCCUUUUGUCUUUUUUCCGUAAAAGAAGAUGAGAUCCAAAGAAAGGGAAAGCUGAGAUUUUGUGCCAUUCCUUUUAAAAUAUUCAUCAGGUUAGCGGCGCUGGGGAAGAGUCUCCUGCAGGGAGCCUGUUCUCUGCUGUCUCCUCGCUGGUAAAUUGGAGGGGUUCAGACUCUGAAUAAAGUUGAAUGGUGUUUUUUAAGUUAUAAAGUAUUGCAUUGAAGAGAGCAUUAGGCUGUAGUUUUAAUAUUGAGUUCAACUGUGAAAUCCAUCAGAAGUGCCAAGUAGGGUACAGGGCAGAAGAAGCAGAAUAAAGUGUCCUUUAGCCCAAGUGAAGGAGUGAAUUUGCUUUAACAGAUGUUGAAAACUAGAUUAGCUACUGUAUUAUUCCCAGCACGGGUGACUUCUUUUUCUCUUCGUUAGCCAGAGAUGAGUAAUUUAAAUUUAGAACCUGGUUUUAAUUUAAAAUAAUAUUUCCAUUAAUAACCUAUUCAUUGCAGAUACCUAUUAUACUGUGUAACAGUUGUUUUGGAAAUUUUAUGUAAAAUUAAAACUAUCAGUAUUUUACAGAUGUUUUAAUUAGACAUUGUUAUUAACAGGAACAGUGCAGAAACUGAAAUCAAGCCUUUAAUGUCUUAUAGACCAGGCAUUUUUGAGGCUAGUGUCCACCCGGGUCCUAUUAACUGUACAUUUGCAAGAUUUCAUUAUUUUUGCCUCUGACACUAUGGGAAAAAUCUUUCAGAAGCUAUUGGGACAGAUUCAAGCUUUUAUGUACUUGGUUACUAGGGCUGUAAAAUGAAAUCUCGUCUUGCAGCAUGGAUUCUUCUUCUCAUGUUAAACCCACCAAAAUGAAGGGGACUAAAUAGGUAAUGAUUUUCUUAGUGCAUUUGCAUACUGUGAUGAUCCUGGGCCUUUGCAAUUGUUUUACUGGGCUCUUGGGCACUGGAUUAUUAGCUUGUAAUUGUCCAUUAUCGUGGUGCUCACCUUACUGAAGCGCACAGCAAUGUGUUAAUGAGCUCUGGGUUUUGAUGCUUGUUUAGAGAUCAGCUUGGUCUUGGAUGGGAGGGAGUAAAGCUAAAUAAAUGGCCGCUUCCUCUCCUUCUG